UCUGGUCCUUGACUCGGGUCCGGGUCUUUAAACCCCAGUUGGUCUUCGGGAACCAGACUGUGAUCCCAGGUUUGUGGAAGUCCGGGUCCGGAGGUUCUGCGGGUCCGGGUUCUGCUCUCCUGGUCCGGCUUUUCGGGCUCAUAGUCCUUCUGAACCGGAGAGACCCGGGUCCGGAUUCCAGCCGGGUCACCAUGAGGGUUCUGGUCCUGCUCGGUCUCUGUCUGAGCCUCCACACAUGUGGGUCUUUCCCGAACCGGGUCCCCGGACCGGACCCGUUCCUGGACUACGACCUGCUGGACGAGGAUCUGGGCGCCGGAGGACCCCGGAACCGGACCGGCUGCGGUCCGUGUGAUCCGGAUCUGUGCCCGGAGACCCGGGGCUGCCGGGCCGGGCUGGUUCCGGACUCAUGCGGGUGCUGUCAGGAGUGCGGGAACCUGGAGGGUCAGGCCUGCGACCCGGGACCCCGCAGCGUCCACUACGGGCUCUGCGGGACCGGGAUGCGGUGUCGGGCGGACCCGCGGCCCGCAGGAGGACCGGGACCGGAUCCGGGUCUGGAGGAGGAGGACGAGCAGGUGUGCGUGUGUUUGGACCAGGACCCGGUCUGCGGGUCUGACGGGACCACGUACCUGAACAGGUGUCAGUUCCGGGAGGCCGCCUUCUCCGACCCGGACCUGAGGACCAGAGGGAAGGGGCCCUGCAAGACCGUUCCGGUCAUUAAGGUUCCUCCUCAGAACCAGGUCAACGCCACCGGCAGCAGCCUGGUGUUCCUGUGUGAGGUCUUCGCGUUUCCGAUGGCGUUGGUCGAGUGGAGGAAGGAGGGUCGUGAUGUCAUCCUGCCCGGAGACGACCCGCACAUCUCCGUACAGUUCCAGGGCGGUCCUCUGAAGUUUGAGGUCUCCAGUUGGCUGCAGAUUGAAGGGGCGGGGCCAGAGGACUCUGGAACCUAUCGUUGCACAGCUCGGAACAACCUGGGAUCAGUCUCCGCCUCCGCAGUGUUGGGAAUUCUGGGAGCAGAGGAGUUGUCGUCGUAUCUGGCCAAUAGCGUUGCAGAGAUGAAGCAGCUGAUGGACGGCUCAGACUACGACCAGGACCUCUACUGACACGCCCCCUGUCAUGUGACCCUCCUGUGGGGUCAAAGGUCAGAGGGUAAUUUUAUUGACCAACGCGUUGAACGUGUUGAGUCCGAGUUGCUGUGAAUGCCGUUGGAUGGAAAUGUGUUUUCCAGUCGGCGGAGGU